CCAACUUCAAAAAGUUAGUUAAUUAGUUAGCGCGAACUCAGAAACCCUAAAUCCCCAAUUUAUCUCUGCUCCCCAAACCCCAUGGCAUCGAGGAAGAAGCAAUCCGACGCCAUAGCUCUCCUGCUCUCCAAUUACAACGACGAAGAAGAAGAUGAAGACAUGGAGGACGUUGAGCAGCACAACAACAAAGAAGAAGAAGGAGAUGAAGAGCGACGAGAACGGGGAGAAUUCGACGAUUACGGUGAGCUGAGAGGCUCGGGAGAUGCUGCAAUGGCGGAUGUGGAUGGAACGGUGGGUGGUGAGUCUAGGAACGACGAUAGCGCACCGCCGAAUGCCGGGGAUAAUGAGGUGGCUUCGGAUGGUUUGAAUAGAAGAAGAAGAGGGGCACUUACAAUUGUGGACUAUGGGCAUGAUGAAGUUGCUAUGUCUCCUGAGCCUGAGGAGGGUGAAAUAGAAGGGAUUGGUCGUGUUUCUGGUGAUUUCCUUGAUAAGACACCUCCAGGAACAGUUCAUACUCCUCAAUUAUCUGAACCGUCAAACUCUGACACAAUGAACGAUAUUGUACUUGAAUCUGAGGGUAGAGAUGCUGCAGAGUCUGUUGCAGAAGAGCAGAAAGAUAUUGUUCUGUUGGAUAAGUUUCUCCCGCCACCAUCAAAAGCAAAGUGUUCAGAGGAGCUGCAAAGGAGGAUAAAUAAGUUUCUUGAAUACAAGAGAGCUGGGAAAAGCUUCAAUGCAGAAGUGCGUAAUAAGAAGGACUAUAGGAAUCCAAACUUUCUGGUGCAUGCAGUGAGGUAUCAAGAUAUUGAUCAGAUAGGGUCUUGCUUCAGUAAAGAUGUAUUUGACCCUCAUGGAUAUGACAAAAGUGACUAUUGUGAUGAAAUAGAGGCUGAUAUGAGGUGUGAAAUGGAAAGGAAAGAGCAAGAUAGGAAGAAGAGUCAAAAGGUUGAAUAUGUUUCAGGAGGAACACAGCCUGGAAUAGUUGGUGUUGCACCUAAAAUUAACAUACCUUAUCCAGGUGUUUCAACCAUGGCUGCUACUGGGUUGAGCUCCUUACCGCCUGCAGCUGAUGUCAUCCCUCGGGAGGGUAGACAGAACAAGAAGUCAAAAUGGGAUAAGGUCGAUGGUGAUCGAAAAAAUCCUCUUCCCUCAGGACCGCAGGAUUCUAUGUCUACUCUGGGAACUCAUGCAACACUCUUAUCUUCUGCCAGUGCUGGUGCUGGAUACAUGGCUUUUGCGCAGCAGAGACGAAAAGAGGUGGAGGAGAAACGAUCAAGUGAAAGGAAGUUAGAUCGAAGAUCUUGAGCCGUUUCUUAUAUUUCUUCCUAGCAGAGGUGAAAUCACGGAGAGAAGCACAGGCAUCAUAUACAACAGAUUCCAAAAUUUCAAGAGGAGAAAACGACUCCAGGCAGCACUAUUUACGGCUAGAUUCACUGCAACAGGCUUGUAACUUUUGCUAUCGAUUAUACAUGUACAUUUUCGGAAUGAUAAUCCAAUUGACAGCACACAAUUCAAGGGCGCUCAAGUCGAAUUUUCCUUGGAUAGAAUCCAACUACAGAGGAAAGAAUCGAGUCGACAUGAUGCAAUGGCUAUAAAAUUGUAGUUGUUGGACUGUAUUAUGGUUAAUUUCCACCGAUUAAGGAUGUCCUUUGGACCUUGUCUCCUACAAUACUACAAUAUUUGCAUACAAAAGUUAAUGAUGUCCAGUUUUCAGUCC